GCCGGGGCGGCGGGGCCGGGUCGGGCCGAGCCCAGGGGCGGUCGCUGCCGCGGGCGGCAGGUCUUCCCCCCGUUUCCAUCACCUUCUGCGGUAGAAGGUGUUCCCUUCUCCAUCAGCACUCCACUUACUCCGACACCACUUUGCCACCUUCCCUACACAACUGUCUCUCCUGGAAGCCAGCUGGGAAAAAACCUCUUCUGAGUUUGUGUGUAGGGACUGCACUCCCCCUACAGAAGAGGAAUGCACUGUAUAUUGUCAAUGAUGCCCUGGAUGUGUUGGGGUUUUGCAUGUGCUUCUGGCAAGCAGACAGUCAGAUGUAGUUACGGAAUGACCACAGUCCAUCACAUGGAACACUCACUGGCAAGCCUUUGAUGCGUUGGAAAUGGUGUUAUCCUCUGCCUCCUGGGAAAGUUUCUUAUCCUGGGUCUACUGCUGCUGACAGCACUUUGUGACUGAUCUUGGCUUGGGGGACUGAGGAACCAGGGGACAUGGAGAGUGAUUGUUUGCCUUUACUCCCUCAGUGCAGCCUUUCUUGGGUCUUUGCCCUCACCAUGUCAAAGAGUGUUAAUGAUGUGUUCCCUCUCCAUUGCAUUCCCCACCUGUCAUCCUGCUAGGAUCUAACUACAGAAUGAACAUAGCAGCUGUGUUCAAUGCCCUGCUCGUGUCCAUCCUCGCUGCCGUGCUGUGGAAAUACAUCAAACUGCGCGACCAUGCCGCCAUGGUGGAGGAGGAGUUGGUCCUCAUGCGCCAGGCUCAGGAACUUUCUGAGGCUCAGAUUGACUACCAUGCAGCUCUGCAGGCCCUGGUGGAGAACGGUACCAGGAUGGUGUGCACUGGCAGGAUGCACACCGACCGCAUCUGCCGCUUUGAGUCCCUCUGCUACUCUACCGAGGCUGAGGAGUUCAUCUACUUUCACAGCAACUCCUCCGUCAUGCUGCCCAACCUGGGCUCCCGGAGAUUCCAGCCGGCUCUGCUCGACCUCUCCUCUGUGGAAGAUCACAACACUCAGUACUUCAACUUUGUGGAGCUGCCAGCUGCUGCGCUGAAAUUUAUGCCAAAGCCGGUCUUCGUGCCUGAUGUGGCGCUGAUUGCCAACAGGUUCAACCCAGACAACCUGAUGCACGUCUUUCAUGACGACCUCCUCCCCAUCUAUUACACCAUGCAGCAGUUCUCCGACUUAGAUCUGGAGGCACGACUCUUCUUCAUGGAAGGGUGGAAUGAAGGUGUUCACUUUGACCUGUACAAGUUACUGAGUAACAAGCAGCCGCUCCUCAGGGAGGAGCUUAAAACCCUGGGCAGGCUCCUCUGCUUUACCAAAUCCUAUGUGGGACUAUCCAAAAUCACCACCUGGUACCAGUACGGAUUUGUCCAGCCACAAGGGCCAAAGGCUAACAUCUUGGUUUCUGGUAAUGAGAUCAGGCAGUUCACCAAAUUCAUGAUGCAGAAACUGAACAUCAGCAUGGAGGAAAGCUCCAGUGAGGAGUACAUCGUUGUGUUCAGUCGGACAAUCAACAGACUUAUCCUAAAUGAGGCAGAACUAAUCCUGGCUCUUGCUCAGGAGUUUCAGAUGAAAACCAUCUCCGUUUCUCUGGAGGAGCAUUCAUUUUCCGACAUCGUCCGGUUGAUCAGCAAUGCGUCCAUGCUGGUCAGCAUGCACGGGGCCCAAUUAGUCAUGUCGCUCUUCCUGCCAAGAGGGGCCACCGUGGUGGAGCUCUUCCCAUACGCUAUCAACCCCGAACACUACACCCCUUACAAAACCCUAGCAACCCUUCCUGGCAUGGACCUGCAGUACAUUGCCUGGCAGAACACCGACAGGGAAGACACGGUAACCUACCCGGACAGACCUUGGGAUCAGGGCGGGAUUGCUCAUCUGGACAAAGCUGAGCAGGAGCGCAUCAUGAAGAGCACAGAGGUGCCGCGGCACCUCUGCUGCCGCAACCCUGAGUGGCUGUUCCGCGCCUACCAGGACACAAAGGUGAACAUCCCGUCUCUCAUACACGUGAUUAGGCAGACUGUGAAGUUUAAGCCCGGACCCAAGAAGCACAAGUGGUCUGGGAGCCUCUACCCCGGCAAAGUGAGGGAUGCCAAGUGUCAGGCCUCCGUCCAGGGCACGAGUGAAGCUAAACUUGCUGUGUCCUGGCAGAUCCCCUGGAAUCUGAGGUAUCUCAAGGUCAGAGAAGUAAAGUACGAAGUGUGGAUACAAGAGCAAGGGGAAAACACUUACAUGCCUUAUAUAUUGUCCCAUCAGAAUCACACCUUCUCAGAAAACAUUAAGCCCUUCACGAUAUACCUGGUGUGGAUACGCUGCAUCUUCAACAAAAAUCUCCUGGGACCUUUUGCAGAUGUGCUCUUGUGUAGUACAUAACCUGCUGCACUACCUGUACAGCUCUAACCUGCUGUCUGCUCCAUCUGUGGUAUAAAACUUCUCAUCUUGUAGUUUGUAGAGGGCUGAAGAGGACUAGACUGUACCAGUGCCUAAGUGUCCAUUUUAUUGCACUCCACAUGUGUCCUUUCAAUUGUAUUUAUUUCCAGUGAGUGUUUGGAAAAAAAAAAAAACAGAGAAACCUCUGGUUUCUUCAGUAACUUCCAGAGGUUAAAUUACUUGCUGAAUACAUGUAAUUGAACACAGAAUGGAAGUGAACUGUGUGUACCUUGGUCGUGAUUUAAAUUUGUUUCUAUUGUGUGGUGACUAUUUAAGCGCAGCAUUAAAGCGCAGUUAAUUCCAUGGCUAAGUGGGCAAUUCUCAUCAGCUUUUUCAUUGUAAGUUAUAUUUUUCAGUAACUCUUGACUGUAACUUUGAGUUCAAGAUUUUGUAUGAGAGCCUUCAUUAAACUGCUGUAAAUCUCCUCAA